AUGAGCGACGACCUGUGGAUCGGGUCAAAGCUUGACCCUGCUCUUCUCAUCCCUGGUGAUCCCAACCACCCAGAGCACCGUCGCGCAAGCGCUUCUGAGCUGCCGGCCGUAAUAGAAGGCAAGCCUACCCUACGCGCCGAUAUCAUCGAUGAAAACGAUUUCCCUACCGAUGAAGAGAUCCGUACUUUGCCUCGUGUCGCAGAUCACAUUCCUUGGCGCAUCUACACUGUCGCCUUUGUCGAGUUAUGCGAGCGUUUCUCCUACUAUGGCACCCAGAUCCUCUUUCAAAAUUUCGUUCAGCGGAACCUCCUCACCCCUACCGGUGCUGCGCCUAAUCCGGGUGGUGAAACUGGCAACAACCCCGGUGCACUUGGUCAGGGUCAGCGGACUGCCACCGGACUGGGUACAUUCUUCAGUUUUUGGUGUUACUUUACUCCAUGGUACCUAACUCGAUUGCUAGUGUUCGGCGCAUGGAUCGCCGAUACAUAUCUCGGUCGAUACAAGACGAUCAUGGGCUCGAUCGCUAUGGCCAUGAUUGGUCACAUUAUCUUGACUGGCGGUGCUGCUCCUUCCGUGCUCAGCAGCCCUCAUAGCGCCAUGGCGGCCUUCAUUAUUGCCAUCAUCAUCUUCGGCAUCGGAACCGGUGGCUUCAAGCCAAACAUCUCGCCUCUUAUCGCUGAGCAGAUUGUUGGUGAAAAGCUCCGCGUCGAGACUCGAAAGGACAAGAAGGUCAUCAUUGAUCCAGCUCAAACCUCGGCUCGCAUCUACAACUGGUUUUACUUCUUCAUUAACGUCGGUGCCCUCAUUGGACAGCUCACUAUGGCCUACACUGCCCUUUAUGUCGGAUACUGGCUCGCCUUCCUCCUGCCAACGAUCAUGUUCCUGCUUUGUCCCUUGGUGCUGAUCUUCGGCAAGAAGAACUACCGGCUGACUCCUCCGCAAGGCAGCGUCUUGGGACCCGCUGUGAAGUUGUUCGUCUUUGCGACCAAGGGCCGAUGGUCUAUUAACCCAGUGCGUACCAUCAAGAAUAUGCGCGAUAUGUCUUUCUGGGAGAACGUCAAGCCGUCUCGCAUUCCAGCAGAGCAGCGGCCCACAUGGAUGAAGUUUGAUGACCACUGGGUUGAUGAGGUCCGUCGUGGCUUCAAGGCUUGCACUGUCUUCCUGUGGUAUCCCUUGUACUGGGUGUGCUAUAACCAAUUGAACAACAACUUCACAUCCCAAGCCGAUACUAUGCGCCAUCAAGGCGUACCUCCUGAGAUCGUCGCCCAGCUGGAUCCCCUUGCCCUGAUCAUCUUUAUUCCCAUCUUCGACUUGCUCAUCUAUCCUGGAUUGCGCAAGGCCGGUAUCAAGUUCACUCCGAUCAAGAAGAUCACUCUCGGAUUCAUGUUCGCAUCGGCGUCCAUGGUAUGGGCUGCUGUAGUUCAGAACUACAUCUACAAGCACAACCAGUGCGGCACACACCCGAGUGAAGGUCUUCCGGAUGGCACCGACUGCGCUCCUGCCGAUAUCUCGAUCUGGGUUCAAUCUGGAUCGUAUGUCCUUCUCGCCACAUCUGAGAUUCUGGCUUCCAUCACUUCUCUGGAAUAUGCUUUCACCAAGGCUCCCAAGAAUAUGCGAUCGUUGGUACAAGCUUUCGCUCUUUUCCAGACUGCCAUCGCAAACGCCAUUGGUGAGGCGCUGGUGGCCCUAUCCGCCGACCCCCUCUUGACCUGGAAUUACACCGUCUUCGCAGUUCUCUCGUUUGUAGGUGGCGUUCUUUUCUGGCUUUCUCAUCGCAAUCUCGACCGGGACGAGGAUCUUCUUAAUCAACUUCCCACUGGUCACGUUGGCACUGCUGCACAGGCUGCGCAGGCCGAACGCCGCGCGAGUCUCGCCGAGAUCGCCACUGCCAACGAGAAGCUGUCUGCGUAG